CUUCUUCUUCUUCUCUGCAGGAUGUCGGGUAACUGGUCCGUUGUGCGUCUGGCUCCGCCCCCUCUCAACUCCUCCCAGUCCCCCCCCCUCUCACCCUGGGAGGCUCCCAGCUUCACCCGGGCCGCCCAGUUCCGCGUGGGCGCCACAGCGCUUCUCUUCCUGUUCGCCGCCACCAGUAACCUGGCCCUGCUGGCGAGUGUGUGGUGCGGGCGCGGCCGGCGGCUGGCGUCCCACCUCCGGCCGCUGAUUCUGAGUCUGGCGGCGGCGGACCUGAUCAUGACAUUCGUGGCGAUGCCUCUGGACGCGGCGUGGAACGUGACGGUGCAGUGGUACGCUGGAGACGGGCUCUGCAAGCUGCUCUGCUUCCUGAAGCUGUUCGCCAUGCACGCCUCCGCCUUCGUCCUCGUCGUCAUCAGCCUGGACCGCCAGCACGCCAUCCUGCGCCCGCUCGACGCCCUGACCGCGCACCACAGGAACCGCCGCAUGCUGCUGCUCGCCUGGGGCCUCAGCCUGCUGCUUGCAUCGCCACAGCUCUUCCUGUUCCGGGCGAUCCGGGCCGAGUCCGCCGACUUCGUCCAGUGUGCGACUCACGGCAGCUUUGGCCGCCGCUGGCAGGAGACGCUGUACAACAUGUUCCACUUCCUGACGCUGUACGUGGUCCCGCUGCUGGUGAUGAGCUGCUGCUACAGCCGCAUCCUGCUGCACAUCCACCUGCAGCACCGCCGCAACACAGGUAACACACCUGCACAG